AUGUAUCAAACUAAAAGAAUGAUCCGGUUAUCUAGUAACAAAGUGAUAAUGAUCAGCCUGAUUCUAAUUCUGUAUGCUCUAGCUAAUCAAGUCAUCUCAGCACAGGUGAUCCUGGAACAAUGUCUAGGAGUAAAUGGCACCGAAUAUAUACCUGCUGCGCUGAUUUGGAACACAAAUACUAGGCACCAGAUUACCCAAUCACCAGCACUUUCGGAAACAUUCUAUACCUUGUAUGAUGCUGGUAACAUCGACGAAGCACUACUACUUUGGAAUCAAUACUAUGACCCUACAGCGGAAGAAGAAGAAUUGUGGACUACUAUAAUGGACGACUUACGUGGCAUUGAAGAAGACGAGCCUGAACGUGUAGAUUGUUUAUUGAUGUUGGCUGAAUAUUAUGGCUGGACUGAUUCUCAGCUAUAUAGUAGGACAAAACAAGUGGUUAAUGAAAGAUUAACUCUGAACAAACGUGAUCAAUACACUACGAAAUGUUACAAAAGCAACCUCGCUUGGAAACAGGACUGUCAACACCCUAAGUGUUGGUGUUGA